ACUCUCCAACUUUUUACUUCUGUCUUCAUUUACCUUCUCUUACUCUUAAGCUUCUGAAUCUGAUAGGGCCUCAGUGGGCUUAAUCAGUGUCACAACAGCCUUCACCAGAGCCUCCAGCUGUUGACAUAUUAGUUUACACACACACACCCACACACAUAUACAGUUAUAUAUCUUUUAUUUCCCUGCAGAGGAAAUUGUUCAAACUGCUGGAACACAGAAUUAGACUGUCUAAGAGGGUGCUGAGGGGAAACAUAGGGGCAGAACAUCACCAGAGGACACACACACACACCGUCUGCAGCUGCAUGAAUAAAAUUAAGAUUUUUUUGCCAAAGUUUGUCCUUGGUAGAACAACCAUCUACCAUUGUAUAUGUUGAAAAAUAUGCAUAAAAUGCAUAGAAUGUUGACGAAUAUUCUAAACGUUAGGACCGGUGAGAUUGAAACGUGAACGCUGUACUGGAAAUGUUUGAUGAGCGCAGGGCACCCUUCAGUGGACGACAGAGAAACUGCACUGCCUUAUCGGAUUAAAAAUUAUACCCGUGCUUCUUUGUGCUCUCAUAUAAAUUGCUUUACUGUAGCGCUUGAAUCUAUAGCGACACGGCAAAAUAAAUAAUAUUUCACUGGAAUAUUGAAUAUGAAUUUUCACCGUGUAUAAAAUGUGAUUCGCGAAAUAAUGGCAAGUAACGUCUUUCUAUUGAGAUGAACUGCGCUCACAAACAACAUAUCACGCAAACAAAGUAGUCCGAUCAGGUCUCCCCCGCUGCCAAAACAUAAUUCAGUAGGAAACACUGGGUUUGUGUACUUUGUUCAUUCAAUCAUGAUGAGCUUAGGAAAGAAAAUGAUGAUGGAUGUCUUGUCUUCUGUUCGUUUUGACCUUUGUGGGCAGUGUCUGCAGGUAUGAUUGUGUACACACACACACACACACACACAGAGAGAGAGAGAGAGAGAGAGAGAGAAUAAUAGGCCUAUGUGUCUACUGAAUUCAGUGAUUAUCAAUGACAUAAUCAUCUGAAGUGAAGCUGAUUUGAUCAAGACACAAUGUGAAUCUGACCACACAGUGACUGCUUUUAACGAGAUGCUGUUAUUUAAUCAGUCUUUAGCCUAUUUUGUAAUGCUAGAAAGUGGUCAGGUCAAUCAUAACAUAAAAGAGUUUGUCAGCUUCCUCUUAUUAUUUUCAAUCUACUAAAACGACGGGGAUAGUUAUGGAUUCUUACAUUGCGGAUUAUUUUUGUCUCUGUCAUUUUAUUGGCAGCGCGGGGAAAUUUACGGAUCAGCCAGAAGUGCAAAAACUGAAUAUUAGCCUACUGUCCCUACUAAAUAUUAAUCGAGUCAUUCAGACGUUGUUUAGUAACUUUUCGAGAGGGUCCAGUCACGUAAGCUAAUUCAUCUACAUGAGCCAAUCAAUGACCAGUAGACCUCACAAGCCCCGCCCCCUAUGCUAAUAUGAAUCCUCGCUGAAGUGUCUCGUUGAAUGGGAGCGCGUUUGCUCGUGGUGUACUGUGUACAGCCACUGUACAAUCACACACCAGAGGAGAGGAACAUACUAUGACUUACUUUAUUUGAAAUGCAAAGCUACUGAAGACCAGAAUCAAGAUAUUUUUGCAGGAUUUUACUGUGUGAACAUCGCUGUGCUGAAAUGGGUGGCCAGGUAACCCGUACCUCUUUAGACGGAGGACCCAUUCGCUGCCACCCCUUGAAGGUGAACACGUGCCCACAGCUGCCAGCUCCCCCGCCGCUCUGUUUCCAUGCCACCACGAAAGGCUCUCAAAUCGUGAUGGACAAGAUGCAGCGCAGUGUGCGCCGAAUUGCCAGCUUCUGUAAUGCCAUCACCUUCACCAACCGGCCAGUCAGAAUCUAUGAACAGGUUCGGCUCAAGAUCACAAAGAGACAGGGAUCUUGGAAUGGCGCCCUCCGAGUGGGUUUCAGUAUGGUGGAUCCAUCUGAUUUAAGUUCAGCAUGGCUGCCACGGUUCUCCUGCCCAGAUCUAGUUAGCAAAAAGGGAUUUUGGGCCAGAGCGCUUCCUGAGGAUCAUUGUGAAGAAGGAACCAUUCUGUCUUUCUGGUUGGAUAAUACAGGGCGAGUGUUUUACCGGGUUAAUUGCAGCCCUCCAAUCUUCUUCUUCGGUGGUGUACCAGCCAGAGAGCCGGUUUGGGCGAUCAUUGACAUUUACGGGCUGACACGUGGAGUACAGCUACUUGAUAGUACGAUGGUGCCAGCUGAAUAUCUCUGUCCUGCUGUGACUCAUGAAGGCAUGGAUGAGUGGCAUCUGUCAAGCAGCUGCUCUGAGCUUGACCUCCAGGAAGAUCCGGCAUCCUUCUCAAAUUCUCCAAAUGCUCUAAACUCAGUGCUGUCACGUCAGCUCAAUGAUGACUUGCAUUUCCACUGUGUGCAUGGCAACGGUCUGCGUCUGCUGACUGAACACAUAGUGGUCCAUAGGUAUAACAAACGUGAGGAUAGUACUCUGGCGUUCACUCAUCGGCCGUUGCGCUGUGGAGAGUGUGUGUUCCUAAAGGUCUCGUUGAGGUCUUCUGCUCUGAAUGGAUUUUUGUCUUAUGGAUUCACUUCCUGUAACCCAGCCCAUAUUAACCCAAAGCACCUGCCGGUCAAUCCAGAUGACCUGAUAGAUCGCACAGAAUACUGGGCUUUUAGCUGCCUGACUUCACCGCUUGUGGGCGGGGAUGUCAUCGGGUUCCGGGCUACUGCGGAAGGGGAAGUGCUUGUGAGUCAGAAUGGAGGCAGGGCCUGCAGAGAGAUAUGUGUGGAUAACUCCACUCCUCUGUGGAUGAUCUUUCAUUUACAGCCACACAUCAAGCAAAUCAGCAUACUGGGGUUACUGGAUUUUUUCUUACUUAAUUUUUUUUUUCAAGGCACUUCCAGUGGUUACUCUCCACCCCGUUCAGAAGUACAGAGGUGCAUCUUUAGCGAUGCCAGUCACCUCUCAGCCAAUCAGAUUACCAGAACAGUCAGGGGCUUUACAGACAGCUUUCAGUCCCACCCACAGUGCCUCAGUUCUGCAGGGACAUUCAGUUCGCUGUCCUCAGAAUCUCCCAGUAGCCCAUCAUGCAGUGUGAUUACUGGUGAGGAGUGUUUGAUUUGCUGCGAGAGGGCAGUGGACUCAGUGCUGUAUGCAUGUGGACACAUGUGCAUGUGCUCCGUCUGUGGUGGGAAGUUAAUGGAGAUGUCAAGCCCAUCUUGUCCGAUGUGUCGCAGCCCAAUCAAAGACGUUAUCAAAAUAUUCGGCAACAUGUAACCUGGAAACCACCUUUCUGACAAAUAGGAUCACAGUACAUGGGUCAAGCUGAAGAGGCUCCCUUACAGGUCACUGUCUCGUUCCCACAAUUCCAUUUAAAAGACUGCUUGAGCUCAGCAAGGAAGAGGUACUAAAUGACUGCUUAAUGAACUAAAUGUCUGACCAAAAUUGCUGAGAAACCCAGAAGUAACUGCUUAAGUGAAUGGCACAUCCCAGAUACUAUAAAUCUAGUAACUACAUGCAAAACUGUUCACUUGUGUUUUAAAUGUUUGUUCCCACACUUCUUUUCUUUUCAUAUUUACUUGUAUGAACUUGUAUAUGUUCAAUCAGUCCAGAAUCAGAAAACUACACUGCGGAUUUGAUGUGUUGGUAAAUGAAUUUUUUUGCAAAACAUUAUAAACAGAAAAACUAAAAAAUGUUUUACAUACCAAAGUAGGCAUUCACAAAAUUGUAAGUGCCAAUAACUCUUAUUUAUGUUCAAUGUGGAAUUAAACAAACUGUCAUGCUACCAAACAGAAAA